AUGCGGGUGGCACUGUUAGUGACCAUCACUACGUCACAUGACUUCCAAAGCUUCAUUCAUACUCUUUCUUCUUCCCAAUGUGUAGGAAACCUCCAAAAUCAAACCUCCAUCCGUGAAUUCGUCCUCCUGGGAUUCUCAAACCAUCCCGAAUUGCAAAUAUUUUUCUUCUUGGCCUUCUCCAUCGUUUACACAGUGGCCUUGACAGGGAAUCUUCUCAUCAUUCUGGUUGUCAUGGCCAACAGCCGUCUCCACACACCCAUGUACUUCCUCCUCGGCCACCUGUCCUUCAUUGAUCUUUGCUACAUGACCGCCACCGUCCCCCAAAUGCUGGCAAAUUUCCUCCGAGAGUCCAAGACCAUCUCCUACGCUGGAUGCAUGGUCCAAAUCUUCUCCCUCAUUUCUUGUGUUGGGUCAGAGUGCAUCCUCCUAGCGGCCAUGGCUUAUGACCGAUAUGUAGCCAUUUGUCACCCGCUGCUGUACACGGUCAUCAUGAAUAGGAAAGUCUGCUUCCAAAUGGUGGCUGGGUCGUGGACAGGGGGCUUCCUGAACUCCCUUGUACACACUCUCUUGACAUCCACCCUGUCAUUCUGUGGGCCGAGGGAGAUCCGCCAUUUUAUGUGUGAUGUCCCCCCGCUUUUGGAGUUGUCCUGCACGGAUACAGCCCUGAAUAAUAUUGUGCUCCACACAGCCAGCAUGUUCAUUGGGGUUAGCCCUUGCUUCUUCAUCAUCAUCUCCUACGUCUUCAUCGCUUUAGCCAUCCUCCAGAUCCGUUCCACAGAGGGCAGGAGGAAGGCUUUCUCUACAUGCACGUCUCAUCUUGCAGUGGUCAUUAUGUUCUUUGGGACUGCUCUCUUUAAUUACAACCGGCCCAGUGCAGGCUAUUCCUUAGAUGUGGACACACUGGUCUCAGCCCUGUAUUGCAUCGUAACCCCCAUGCUAAACCCCAUUAUAUACAGCCUACGGAACCAGGAAGUGAAGCUGGCAGUGAAAAGACUGGCAAGCGCAAAGUGGAACGUCUUCUAAAUCAAAGGUGGGCAGAUACCAGGCUUACUAGAUCUACUAUUUUCGCUAUUUGCUAGAACCCUGAGGUUCCUGAUUCAGAAAGCGGAAAGACCCAUCCUCAGAGGAGGCUGCCUGGUGUCUCUCUGGAUGAGCCCCUGCUCCCUUGGCUUUUCUCCUUCCAACCACGAGGCAUACCUAGAAUCAAUAACUCAUGU